UCGUGCGUCCCUGAUCACUUUUUAGCCUUGGAUGAUUGCAGAGUUAAUGGAGCAAUUCCACAACGACGACCUUGAAUACGUGGUCGACGACUACUUUGACGAGUUCUACGACGACGAUAAUCCCUUCUUUGAUGUUGAAUCGCCUGGCAGCACCGAUGUGGAGUCGGUGGACUCCGACUUCGAGGACGACUUCGAAUCGAACAAGCCGAAGACUGAUACCUCUGCUUUGGAAGCGAGAAAUGGGAAAGAUAUACAGGGGAUACCCUGGGAUAGGAUGAACUAUACGCGGGACAAGUACCGCGAGAAGAGAUUGAAGCAGUACAAGAACUACGAGAGCCUGUCGCGUUCUCGCGUGGAGCUCGACAAGGAGUGCUUGCAAGUUGAGAAGGGGAAGAACUUUUAUGACUUCCAAUUCAACACGAGGCUUGUCAAAUCGACAAUCGUGCAUUUUCAGCUGCGCAAUCUUUUGUGGUCAACUUCCAAGCACGAUGUGUACCUCAUGCAGAACUACUCUGUAAUGCAUUGGUCUGCACUGCUUAGGAGGAGUAAAGAGGUACUCAACGUGGCUAAACCCAUUGUUCCAACACUGAAGCGUCCUGGUUUGUUAUCACAAUCGCUUUCUAGAGUUCAAAUAAGCACCAUGGCCAUAAAAGACGAUUUAUUGGUUGCUGGUGGCUUUCAAGGGGAGCUUAUAUGCAAGUUCAUGAGCCAAUCUGGAGUUGCAUUCUGCAUCAAAGUAACAGCAGAUGAUAAUGCCAUUACCAACAGCGUGGAUAUAUCGCGGAACCCGACGGGUUCGUUGAGGGUUGUAACUGCAAAUAACGAUGCUCAAGUCAGGGUUUUUGAUACGCAGAACUUUGCUUGCCUCAACUGCUUCAACUUCGAAUGGUGUGUAAAUAAUACCUCUGUAAGCCCCGAUGGCAAAUUACUGGCAGUUCUCGGGGACAGCGAAGAGUGCUUGAUAGCUGAUGCUCAGUCUGGAAAAACAAUCAACAGCUUGAAAGGGCACUUGGAUUAUUCCUUCGCUUCUGCUUGGCAUCCGAAUGGUCAAAUUCUGGCCACAGGCAAUCAAGACACGACGUGUAGGCUCUGGGACAUUAGGAAUCCGUCGCAGUCCUUUGCUGUUCUCAAGGGAAAUAUGGGGGCCAUCAGAGCCAUUAAGUUCACAUCUGACGGCAGGUUCAUGGCCAUGGCCGAGCCUGCCGACUUUGUGCACAUCUACGACACGCAGUCCGGGUAUGUUAAGGGGCAGGAGAUCGACUUGUUCGGAGAGAUUGCCGGCAUAUCGUUCAGCCCCGAUACGGAAGCUCUCUUUGUCGGGAUCGCAGACCGCACUUACGGGAGCUUGUUGGAGUUCAACAGGAGGCGGUGUAACAGCUAUUUGGACUCCAUCGUGUGAAUACAGGGUUUGCUCCAGAAAGUGUAGAUAUAUACGCACGGCCUAAAAUGAUAGGUUUUGUAUUUUUGGGGACACGGUUAUGUGCAUACAUAUGUGCCAGUGAUUAACAUUGGUAGUUUUAAUAUCUCCGGCCGGCCGAAGUUAGAUGAGCAAUUGAAUAGAUUUGGGUUUUGGUUUUUGGCGUUGGAGAGUUAUCUUAUUAUUAAAGGCUUCCAAAUUGUUUUUUUUCCAGUUCUGUGUGUACUUAUGAAGACUAGCUAUCAAUUCAAUUUAAUUGUUGUUUCUUACUUA